GACAUCUUAUUUGGUGGAGAUUAUGAACAGGGUCAGGAAGAUCUGUUAACUCCCUUACAGCGCCUAGAACAGUAUGUCAACAAUGACAAUAUAUACACAAGACAGAUGGUGGCGCGGGGGUUGCUGGACACCCUGCGUCAGGUGGCGGAGACGGGGGACGACAUCACCAAACUGCUGCAGAUUAUGAUACAGUUAUCUGAGGAUCCUGAGCCCACAGUGAGGUCGGAGCUGAUGGAGCAGGUGCCCCACAUUGCCAUGUUCUGCCAGGAGAAUCGCCACAUAACGCCACUGAAGGACACGGUACCCAUGUACCUGAUGCCCAUGGUGGUGCAGUACCUCAUGGAUACAAAUGGACAGGUAGGUGACACGUGGUGCCACCUGGAUACAAAUGGACAGGUAAGGAAGACAAGUCAAGCAGCAUUACUGGUACUACUGGAGCAAGAGCUGGUGGAAAGAG